AUGGCUGAAUUUCCCGCCCUCAAGCCCGCUUUCACCAUCAAGAUCGAGCUCGAUGCUCCUCUCGCAGUUGGUACCGGCGUCCGCCAGACCUCCCUUCAAAUCAUCCCUUUCACCAAAGGCGUCUUCAAGACCGAAGAGUCCUUUGACCCAGCAUUCGAGGCGCAGGUCGUCGGCACCGGCAACGACUACAUCCACGUCGAUCCCGAUGGAAAGCACAUGCGCUUGAACGCCAACGGAGUCCUCAAGACCCAGGAUGGCGCUCUCCUAUAUGUGAACUACACCGGUGUCAUCACAAUAACCGAAGCCGAGCAGAAAGUCCUCGGCGGAACAGCAGAAGAGGGAAGCACACCAUGGGGAAACUCUUUCACCCACCUUACCUUUGAGACCGGUGACGAGCGCUAUAAGGACCUUGAGAACCGCGUCUUCGUCAGCAAGGGCCGGUUCAACGUGCAGAAGGGCAAGCCGACCGUCGUUGAGUACCGGGUUAGCCAGGUUGUGCAGGGUUGA